GGAAAGGAGACCGCACGGGGGCUGGGACCCCUAAGGUCAUGCAGGAAGUGUGUCUGGAGCCAAGUCCCAGCUCUCCCAGUCAGCUGGCUUCUCAGCACCGUGGGUGCCUCAUCUGACAGAGGAGAUGCUGUUGGGAAUGGGGAAUGCACACAGGGCACCCAGCUUGCACCCAGCACAUGGUCAGCUCUGGGUGCUGUGACCCAACCUGCUUAGGGGCCACUCACACCCUCUGGCUCCUUUCUGCCCCGGCCUCACAGGAUUACCCAAGACAGGAACAGCCUCAGGGCAAGAAGGGGUUGUACAAAGUGGUGGGGAAGCUGCCAGCAGCAUAUAGACAUCCUGGCAUUUGUUCGCUGCCUGCUGCUGGCUGAGCUCCCCUGUUCCCAGCAGCAGCCUUCUUGGUUCUGUAGCUAGACACUCAGGUCACCUGGAGGUCGCAUAUAUGGACAGUGGUCCCCACAGACUCUGCGAUGCUUGGCCAUGGCAGCCUCUAUCCUCCCAUCCCUUCCCAGUAGCUACCCCUCAGACCACACCAGGCACCUGCCUCAGGGGACCUGGGCCCAGUCCUGGGGUCUCCUGUCUGCUGUCCUCACUGCCUGCCCUGCCCCUAUCUCCUGCAAAGCCACCUUCCAGCCCUGGCUCACGGUCAUUCCUUUCAGAGGCUGUCCUCCACCUGGGCACAGUCAGCCCCGUCCGGUCUGGGGAUUCCACCUAGCAUUUAGACCAUGGCAGGUGGGGACUUGGUCAACCCCUGAGACCCAGCGUAGAGCAGGCUCUUAGCAGAAUUGUUGUUAAUGCCUCAUUUCUCGUCAAGCACCUGCUGAAGUGUCACCCCACAUUCAGGUCCUGCCCCCAACAAGGUCCACUGUGUACCUUCUCAUGUCCACCCCAUGGUGCCAGCAGCCAGGCCUGGCAACAGAUGGGGUGUGAGGAGGGACGCUGGGUGCCCACUGCCCACACCCGGUGGCCCUGGCACACACCAAGGCCGUGACUGGGAUUUGUCCUGGGCCUCCUGCAGUGACUUCGAGCAACUUCCAGAUGAUGUCGCUGUCUCUGCCAACAUCGCUGACAUCGAGGAGAAGAGAGGCUUCACUAGCCACUUUGUUUUCGUCAUUGAGGUAAAGACCAAAGGGGGCUGCAAGUACCUCAUCUACCGCCGCUACCGCCAGUUCUACGCCCUGCAGAGCAAGCUGGAGGAGCGCUUCGGCCCCGACAGCAGGAGCAGCUCUCUCACCUGCAGCCUGCCCACACUCCCAGCCAAAGUCUACGUGGGCGUGAAGCAGGAGAUUGCCGAGGCACGCAUCCCCGCUCUCAACGCCUACAUGAAGAACCUCCUCAGCCUACCCGUGUGGGUGCUGAUGGACCCUGACAUCCGGAUCUUCUUUUAUCAAUCAGCCUACGACUCCGAGCAGGUGCCACAGGCUCUCCGCCGGCUCCGCCCACGUACCCGGAAAGUCAAGAACAUGUCCCCACAAAGUACCGGCUUCAACCGCACAGAAGCUCCCCGAGCAGAGGCCCUGUUUGAUUUCACUGGCAACAGCAAACUGGAGUUGACAUUCAAGACCGGAGAUGUGAUCUUUCUCCUCAGUCGGAUCAACAAAGACUGGCUGGAGGGCACCGUCCGGGGAGUCACGGGCAUCUUUCCCUUCUCCUUUGUGAAGAUCAUCAAGGACUUCCCGGAGGAGGACGACCCCACCAACUGGCUUCGCUGCUACUACUACGAAGACACAGUCAGCACCAUCAUCAAGGACAUCGCAGUGGAAGAAGACCUCAACAGCACCCCGCUGUUCAAGGACCUGCUGGAGCUUAUGAGGCGGGAGUUCCAGAGGGAGGACAUCGCUCUGAACUACCGGGAUGCUGAGGGGGACCUGGUGCGGCUGCUGUCGGACGAGGACGUAGGGCUCAUGGUGAGGCGGGCCAGAGCUCUCCCUUCCCAGAAGCGCCUCUUUCCCUGGAAGCUUCACAUUACUCAGAAGGACAACUAUGGAGUCUACAACACCAUGCCCUGAGUGGUCAGUGCCCAGAUGCCCGGCAAAGUCACCCCUGGUCCUUGGUUGGGGAUGAGGGCUGGGGAAAGCAUGGAAGAUGGACAGAUGUCCUGGCCCUGGACUGAUGAACGCCCUGGGUUUGGGCUCAGGCUCAGCUCCCUCACUGACCUCUGCAUUAAAUAAACCAAUUCCUCAUGAA